UUUGGACAUACCAGAAUGUACAAAAAACUAAAUGACCAAAAUUAAAAGUUCUACCAAAUUUGUAAUUUUCUUUGAGAAAAGUAAAAAAAUGUUUUUGAAUAGUCCGAUCCUUUUGAAGUUUUUUUAAAAGAUAUCCGUCAAAAGAAGUUUUCUGUGUUGUGUGUAAGUCCCCUUCAUCGCUUUCCAGACUACGCCCUUGGUGGCAAGGAAUCUGCCCGCGGAUCGCUUGAGUGAGUAAUACCCCCGGUCCACGCCCCCACACCCCUUACACCGAUGGACAGGCGGCGCCAAUGCAUAUGCAAAAGAUCUGUGCGGCAGCAUCAGCUGUCGGUAGGAAAGAGACGGUGAGUGGUGGGGGCAAGAGACAGUGGUGGCGUGUGGAAGGGGAACCGAGCGGGGAGCGCCGCAAAUUAACAGCCCAAAUGUGUCCGUGUGUGUGGCCCAUGCGAGCAUUUCCAUUUUGUUGCUGGCAUUUCUUGCGCUCCUCUUAUCGACGACAAAAGUGGCGCCGCCGGCAUGACGGCAACAACAAAAACAACAACGGCACCAGCGAACAGCAACAAAAUUACGAGUCAGUCAGCCCCACAAACACGCUCUCCAACACACUCGCUCACUCACACACGCACACACACGCUUACAGAAUGCUUGCGUGCAGAGUAAAAAAAAAGGCAGGGCGGCGGGCGUGCGAGCGAGACGGAAGCGCCUGGCGCCACUGACGUAAUAAAAGAAAUAAUAGUAACGAUGUCGGCGGCAGAGGCGUCGUCGGAAUGGCGCCACACCAAUAUAAGCUCAACAUCAGACAGACACGGACGAGCGACGGUCGGUUUGUCAGCCGGUUUGACAAGUUGAAGAAUCAACAAUUUAAGGUUGAGUGCGGAACCAACGAACGCCAGCGCAUCUCUAAAUACUGGUUCCUCAAGAUAUCGCUUCGGAACUAAUUAAACCAGAAAACCGAACAUGAAGCGGAAAACAAGCGAGAUUUGGGGCUUUUUCCGGGCCGUGGACGACACGUUUGCGCUCUGCAACAUCUGCAAGGCGAAGCUUUCGUACAAGACGACCACCACAAAUUUGAGUAAGCACAUGAACAGGAUGCAUCCCACAACGGCCCUGCAAAACAACAAGUACAAAAUCCAGGGCCAAAGAAGUUUUGCCAUGGACAGGAACAAGGGAAAGCCUCGGAACUCGACGCAGGAGAUGAUUAUCCUGGAGUUCGUUAAGAAGCAUCCGCGGCUGCUACAGAACCCGACUUGGGAGACCAGGAGCGACUUGGAGUUGCUGUGGGAACAGCUGACCUCCGAUCUCAACCGGCACGGGCCGCCGCGAAAGGAUGUGGCCACUUGGAAAAGGGCCCUAAAGGACUGGAAGAGGUUCAUCCUGAAGAAAGUGGAGAAGAAUGAGUUGCACAACGUACCCUUCGGCACCAGUCUCAGUUCGUCAGAGGAGACAAUAGCAACCUUGUGCCGCCUUAACGAGGAUGUUAGCCAAAUAAUCAUGAAGGUUUCCGACGAUGAAAUGCACGACAAUUCCACCAACGAGUUCGACGUGGACGAUGUGGAGGACGUGGUCCCGGAAGACGAUUGUGGCGCCCUUCAGAACUCCGCCGAGUACGUUUACGAACCGGAGGAGAGCAAGGUGGACAUAGACCCCCUUUACCUGCAGUCGAGCAAGAGGGCGGCAUUGGCCAGCAGUCGGGUGGCGGAGGAGGACACGACGUUGCUGGAGAAGAUCAGCAAUAACAUUGGCCUGGUCCACGACGCAACCAACAGCGCUCACCUCGCUCUCAAUGAGUUUUUCGUCCUGUAUAAACAGAAGCUGUACGAGGACAAGCGCCAUCACCUCGCCAUAGAGCAACUGAUGGCCGAGAAAAUAGAAAUAAAGAAGAAACUCCUGGAAAUCGAACAACGAAAGUUGUCGCUGAAAUGACGGGACUCACUUACUUACGCAAUAAAGUAAUAACAAAGGUAGUUUUAAUAACCUAAUCAUUAAAUAAACUAAGUAUUUCAUUAAAAUGUUGCCUAAUAUUAUCAUUAAUUUGCUUUGAAGCCCCCAAUUAAUACAUUUAAAUAGCUUUCUUAAGUUUUA